AUGAGGCUUCUAGCGUUGCUCGCAUGUUUUCUAGCUGGAACAUCUGCAGUUCCGAUCUCCCCAAAUGCUGAUUUGAUGGAAUCAGUGUUGGUACAAGCCCAACAUGUGCCACAGCAGUUUCAGCCUGAACCUCCCAGAAUGCUCUCUGGUCCUCAGCCACGUCUGCACACUCUGACCAAUCCAUGGGCAUCUCAAAUCAACCCCAAUACUGGUCUCAGUCAGCUUCCAGUUCACUUGCAGUACUUACCCUAUCCUCAUUCCCAGCAACCGCAGUUUUUCUAUUAUCCAAUUCUUGGAGCACAAUCAAGGAACCCACCAUUCUCCUAUGGAGUGCCUGCUUUCCAGCAUGCACCAUCUCAACAAUAUCUGGCUAAUGCAGUUCCAGCUUCACAGCCAUUAAUGACACAACACAAGCCUCUAAACCAGCCUCAGCAACAGCAGGUAUCAACACAAGUUCAUCAGUUUCUUUACAUGGUUCCACAGAUUCAACAACGAAUGGCUGGAGCAUAUGGUGGAUUGAGCUCUGAGGAACUUCAGAACAUUGGACGUAUGCGUCGUGUUGAAUUGCACAUGCCUGCACUUAGAGGCAAUGUUUUUCCUCUAGCUGGACCACAACCUGUUGUACCUGUUAGCCCUUUAAGACCAACCAACACCUUCCACCCCAGCACCUUUCCGGCAGCUUCUGAAGUUCAGCUACCUAGCGUUGUAGCCGUACAACCCAGUGGGGAUGCCACAUCUGCAACUGGUGCAUCCCAUCCAAAUAAUGGAGCACUGCCUAAUAGGAUUGCUAGCGUGCAGGACCGUGAGCGAGUGCCGUGUGAUCACGACCUGCCUGCUGAAGACCCCUUCGCCAACACUGGACCUUUGGAUUCAGGUCAUGGGCCUUUCAUUUCAGCAGUUGUACCCACUGUCCAGCCUGAUCCCCAUCACAGUGAUCCUACACUCCCAACACCAUACAAAGAAGCUCUCGUUCCACCGUAUCCACCACUGCGUUCUGAUACUGUCAACACUAACACUGAUAUUUACCCCUAA